CUUCCAUUUCUGAACCGAAGGGACGCCGCCGCGCUCGCGUAGACUCCUCGCCUUUUUUUAUACACACAUUUAAGUAAAUAAACUAGGUUCGCUGUCGUAAAUUGGGACCAUUGCGUAAAGGUAACGAGUGUAACUGGAGUCCCUGUUCAUCGUGGUGUGCUGUUUGAGUAGUGGCUGGAACUGUAGCUAGCAUUUUAAUCCCCAUUUUAACUUUACUAAGCGGCGUUUUCCGCCGUUUUUUCUUUUCGCCGCCCCGCUCACUCUACCCCCUUGUGUGUGAGUAGGGGCCUGCAACGUUGGUUCAGCCACGAGGCGCGUCGGUACAGUUGGAACAGGGCGAUGGCGGAGUUCGGUAACGGACUGGCGGAGGAAUCCCUACUAGAUUCAGACCCCGGACAUCCCGAGCUGGAAGACCCAGGUGUCGGUGACGAAGAACCGGGCUUAGAAGAGGGAGAGGCCGCGAUUGAAGACCCGGAGCUGGAGGCAAUCAAAGCCCGGGUGAGAGAGAUGGAGGAAGAGGCAGAGAAGCUGAAGGAGCUACAGAACGAGGUGGAGAAACAGAUGAAUCUCAGCCCCCCACCAGUCGGUCCCGUCAUCAUGUCCAUCGAGGAAAAGAUGGAAGCAGAUGGCAGAUCAAUUUAUGUCGGAAAUGUGGACUACGGUGCCACGGCAGAAGAGCUCGAGGCUCAUUUUCAUGGCUGCGGUUCAGUAAACAGAGUCACCAUCCUAUGUGACAAAUACACAGGGCAUCCCAAGGGGUUUGCCUAUAUUGAGUUUGCAGACAAAGAGUCUGUUAGGACAGCCAUGGCUUUGGACGAGUCCCUAUUCAGAGGAAGGCAGAUAAAGGUGGGCGCUAAGAGAACAAACAGACCAGGCAUCAGCACCACAGACCGCGGCUUUCCACGGGCUCGGUUCCGGUCACGGGGAGGAAGCUUCUCAUCGCGUGCACGCUACUACAGCGGCUACACGCCACCCAGAGGCAGAGGACGGGCCUUCAGGGGCCGAGGGCGAACAACAUCGUGGUAUUCCCCUUACUAAACCCCCCCCCCCCCCCCCCCCCCCCCCCCCCCCCCAACACUCCCUUACUAUCAAACCUCUUCCCCUCUCUGUUCCCAUUUAAAAAAAUAAAAAAAGCACACACAGUGGGGGGGAAAAAAAAUUUCCUCUCCCUUCCCCAACAAUAAAAGAAGAGCCCCAGAAGAGAGAAAAAAAGACAAAAAAGAAAAAAAAAACACUUCUCCUGGACAGAGAGACUGACUGGCCGCAGUGUGAGAUUGUGUGUGAGCGUGCGUGUGCGGAGGUUGAUGCGGUCACCCCCUGGUAAGGUAUAAGUUGGCCAUUGGGGAAAGAAUAACGGUGGCAGAUUUCAUCAUUUGUUUGUUGUUGGUUUUGAGGGGCGGGGAGGGGGCAAAAAAAGGAAAAAAAAAAGAGCGAGAAGAUGGUAUCUCAGGCUGCAGAUGUGUCUCCUUUGGUCUGGCUGUGACCUCCUGCUUUCACACCAUCACCAACACAGCCCACCCACUCACCCUCAACCACCAAAACAAGAGAAAAAAAAGUGGGGGUGGGGGGGCAGCAACAAGAAAAGAUACUGUAUUCAUUUAUUAUUUUUUUUUUUUUUUUUUUUUUUUGCUUUUUAAUGUACCGUACAUAUGUGAAACUUUCACUAGCCAGAGUACUUGUUGUGUUUUAAGUUUGUGGUUUGGAGUAUAUCAUUACCUACCAAUCCCUCCCCCCUCCCUCAACCCCUUUUGUGUCCGCCGUUCUCUGCACCUUUCACCCCCUCCCCUCCCUGCAUUUUAUAACCCAUGCUUUUUCUUCGUUCCCCCUCCCCUCCUCCCCUCCUCUCCCCGGCUCAUCACACCAUGGAUUGUUUUUCGCUGUCCGCUGCUCUGUGGACAGUGAUGGAGCUUCAGUGUUCAGUGGGAUUGUACAUGCAUAGAUUUUGUUUUUUCUUUCUGUUUUCACGUGAGCGGGGUUCCUCGUUGUGCUGCCACCUCCCCCGCCGCUCGUCCAUACCUGUCACCUCCAACUCAGGCAUGGCCAAAGCUUAUUUUAUACCCUUGACAGGCAUCAAUGUUUUUAUUUCGUGCUACCCCUGCAUCCCACCUCCUUCCCAACCUCCCCUACCUUCUUCCCACCCUCCCCUCUGUGCUCCUUGUCUUCCGUCUCUCCUCCUCCCCUUUCCCCACCCCCCCUCCUCUCUCUGUAUAUUAGACCACUUCUUGUCGUUUCAGGUUUCAGGACCAGUGGAGGCUGACGACCCCUCCCCAGGUGGCGCCGGCCCCCCCCACUGUCUCCGCAGCGUCUCUCUCUCUCUCUGCUCCCGCUAUGCACACUCACCCCAUCCUGUCCGUGUGGGGGGGCGGGGGGCAGG